AUAAAAAAGGAAUACAGAGACUUUCACUGUGAAUGUUACCAGCCUAUGAAUGCCUAUAAAUGAUGGUCUCAGAGUGGAUUGCUUGUCUAGACAAAAGACCAUGUGACAGAACUGGAGAAGAACUCGAUCUGAUUUACUCACAUUUAAAGAAUCUGAAAGCUUUUGAGAAGUUCCACCCCAGCCUUCUCCAGCAGAUCUGUGUGUAUGGGUACUAUGAAGACCUGGACAAAGGCGUUACAUUGUUCCGCCAAGGGGAUAUUGGGACAAACUGGUACAUUGUGAUCUCUGGAAGCCUGGAGGUUCUAGUGUCAGAGACAGGGGACCACAAG